GUCUCCUAUCUUCCAGAUACUGGGGAAUAGUCUCCUAUCUUCCAGAUACUGGGGAAUAGUCUCCUAUCUUCGAGGGUACCUGGGCUUUUACCUGGCUGAUGGGGUGAAGGCUGCACUGAGCUCAGGGGUAUCUGAUCUUCCACCAGGCUGAUGGGGCUGCUCUGUUGGUGUCAAGGUCAGAAGCUGCUGAUGGAGGGCGUCAUGUCCCUGUCUCUCUGCUGCACCUCCACCUCCACUACACACAGCUCCUCUUGGAGGGCAUCAUGUCUCUCUGCUGCACCUCCACCUUCACUACACACAGCUCCUCUUGGAGGGCAUCAUGUCUCUCUGCUGCACCUCCACCUUCACUACACACAGCUCCUCUUGGAGGGCAUCAUGUCUCUCUGCUGCACCUCCACCUUCACUACACACAGCUCCUCUUGGAGGGCAUCAUGUCUCUCUGCUGCACCUCCACCUUCACUACACACAGCUCCUCUUGGAGGGCAUCAUGUCUCUCUGCUGCACCUCCACCUUCACUACACACAGCUCCUCUUGGAGGGCAUCAUGUCUCUCUGCUGCACCUCCACCUUCACUACACACAGCUCCUCCUGGAGGGCAUCAUGUCUCUCUGCUGCACCUCCACCUUCACUACACACAGCUCCUCUUGGAGGGCAUCACUGCUGCACCUCCACCUCCACUACACACAGCUCCUCUUGGAGGGCAUCAUGUCUCUCUGCUGCACCUCCACCUCCACUACACACAGCUCCUCUUGGAGGGCAUCAUGUCUCUCUGCUGCACCUCCACCUUCACUACACACAGCUCCUCUUGGAGGGCAUCAUGUCUCUCUGCUGCACCUCCACCUUCACUACACACAGCUCCUCUUGGAGGGCAUCAUGUCUCUCUGCUGCACCUCCACCUUCACUACACACAGCUCCUCUUGGAGGGCAUCAUGUCUCUCUGCUGCACCUCCACCUCCACUACACACAGCUCCUCUUGGAGGGCAUCAUUGGACUGUGGCAUUUGUUCAGUGUGCUGUCUCAACUUCUGUCUUGACUGUUCUAUUGAAGCUCGGCUCUCCUGGAAAUGCCUCAACUCUUCCAUCAGCGUCUGGACAGUGUCACAUUGUUGUUUGCGCUCCCUGAAUUCUAUAAUCUCCACUUCAAGUAGGGAGAGGCAGUUCUGGAUUCGUUUCACAGAUAAUGUUUCUGUUGUGCUCACAGCUGCUACAGGUGAGGGAGGGAGUGAUGUACUGUGGGAAUCCUGUUUUGGGAGUUGCAGGCGUUGUUAGUGGAGACAUAUCAGUUUUUAGUUCAUCAUCCACUAGAGGUUCAAACAGCUCUACACUGACCUCAGAGCCUUGGAUCAUUACUGUUUCGUUAUUAUAUACAGUGUAUAUUAAUAUAACAUUUUGGGGUUGUGUCCACAUACAAUUGUCUCAUGGUCUUGUUUCCAGACAUUUUAAGAUGUUUGUUUGCCUUGCACAGGGCUGCAUGCCAAGCAUUUUGGACGUUCAGUGAAAAAGAGAAGAUCCACCUUGAUUUCUUUGUCUUUUUGUUGCAUAGAGUCUGCUGUUAGGGUCUCUGGGUGCUCUUCUAAAACCGUUGCUGUAUAUGUUUCCUCCCUGCUUCACUGGCAAUACCUUCUGCAUAUUGGAUCGCAAGGUUGCUGUGUUUGGGGCUGAUAAAUGUAUCCAUCUUAGUUGAUUACAGCUGGAUUCAGUAUAUUUUACAGCUGGUUUGUACUUGGCUAGUUGUAGCUAGGCGUUUUGGAAUGGAAACAAAGCCUACCUUUCUUGUUUUCUGUCUGAAUUGUUUUCUCUUGCUUGUGUAAGUUUAGUGUAAGAUUAGGUACUAGUUUAGGUACUAGUUUAGGUACUAGUUUUCAUGUCCUUUGUCCUGUCCUUUUUGUUAUUUGUUAGCUCGUUUUUUUUAGCUAACAGCAGGUAGCCAGUAGCUAGAAACUCUUAGCAACUCCCUAGCAACAUGUAAACAACUGUUAGCUUGUUAGCUAUCCAGUUGCGUUGUCAAGCUUGUUAGCUAUCCAGUCGAGUUAUCAAGCUUGUUAGCUAUCCAGUCGAGUUAUCAAGCUUGUUAGCUAUCCAGUCGAGUUAUCAAGCUUGUUAGCUUGUUAGCUAUCCAGUUGAGUUAUCAAGCUUGUUAGCUAUCCCAUUGAGUUAUCAAGCUUGUUAGCUAUCCAGUUGAGUUAUCAAGCUUGUUAGCUAUCCCGUUGAGUUAUCAAGCUUGUUAGCUAUCCCGUUGAGUUAUCAAGCUUGUUAGCUAUCCAGUUGAGUUAUCAAGCUUGUUAGCUAUCCAGUUGAGUUAUCAAGCUUGUUAGCUAUCCCGUUGAGUUAUCAAGCUUGUUAGCUUGUUAGCUAUCCAGUUGAAUUAUCAAGCUUGUUAGCUUGUUAGCUAUCCAGUUGAGUUAUCAAGCUUGUUAGCUAUCCCGUUGAGUUAUCGUGGUCCUCUGUAGCUCAAUUGGUAGAGCACGGCGCUUGUAACG